AUGCUGGCGCUCGGAAAACGCACAUCCAUCUUGCCGGCGCAAACUGGGCUCGAGCUAUCAUAUAUCCUUGCUGCUCAGCAGUUCUUCUCGUGGACCGUCCGGCAACUCGCUGACGUGGAGAACGAGAUGAACUCCGUUGAGCGCAUCGUGCACUACGCGCGUGGAGUUGAGCAAGAAGCUCCGCAUAGGCUUCCGGCAGCCAAGCCGGCAUCACCUUGGCCGAGCGCUGGCCGCAUUGAAAUGGAUGGCGUCGCGCUGAAGUACAGACCAGAGUUGCCACCAGUCUUGAAGGGCUUGAGCAUGUCGAUCAAGGGGGGUGAGAAGAUCGGUAUCGUCGGGCGUACGGGCGCAGGAAAGAGCUCUAUCAUGACCGCCCUCUUCCGCAUCGUCGAACUUUCAGGUGGAAAGAUCGAGAUCGAUGGUGUGGAUAUCUCAAAGAUUGGUCUGACCGAUCUCCGCCAGGCGCUUUCAAUCAUACCUCAGGAAGCGCAGCUCUUCUCUGGUACACUGAGGAGCAACUUGGAUCCCUUCGGUCGACACGACGACGCGCGGCUAUGGGAUGCACUAAAGAAGUCCCACCUCGUCGAUGAUGGCCCGAGCACAGAUCUGAACGAGAAAUCGGCAGUUCCCGCCGGUGCUUCAACGCCAAAUCCUGCUUCGAAAUUCACGCUGGAUAGUCCGAUCGACAGCGAGGGUUCAAACGUGUCCGUUGGUCAACGCUCGCUCGUCUCACUUGCGCGUGCUCUCAUCAAGGACUCGCGUAUCUUGAUCCUUGACGAGGCGACCGCAUCCGUUGACUACGAGACCGACCGCAAGAUCCAGGAAACGAUUGCGACGGAGUUCAAGGAUCGCACGAUCCUUACUAUCGCUCAUCGUCUACGUACCAUCAUCUCCUAUGACCGUAUCUGUGUCAUGGAUCAGGGCCUCAUCGCCGAGUUCGACACGCCCUCGUCGCUUUUCCUGAAACAGAAUGGUAUAUUCCGUGGGAUGUGUGAGCGUUCAGGGAUCACGCUUGAAGACAUCAGGAUGGCGGUGAAGGAAAGCGAGACGUGA